UGCAUACGUUGCAACUUGCAAGUGGGAAGGCAAUGUCUAUUUAUUUGUUAUGUUUGACAACAAAUGGUGGACUCCCCGUGUUCACACGCAAGAAGGGAGAAUGCGAAAAUCUGCCCUUUUCCACUGUGGCCUCCCUCAACGGCUUUCACAUGUUCUUCAAAUCACUGGGCAUCCAACUUGAGGCCACCACGACCACCAAGCAGCAGCCUAGCCAGAACCAGGCUCCAGCGGACGUGGAGGAGUGGACGUACAUUUGGCGGGACAGUAAUGCCAUCACCCUGAUCGUCUGCGGCUGCGGAGUGGGUUCGGAGCAGCUGCUGCAGACGCUGGCGGACCUGGUCUUCGGAGCGAUUGGCAUGUUCAUUACACGCUCCUCGGAGAUGGCACAUGCCACGCUGCUAGAGCGACUAAAGAAGGACGCCAAGAAGUAUGUGCCCAUUGUGGACGCCAUUUUAGAGGCGGCCUGCGCAGGCACACAGCUCCUCGGCUACACCGACUGUCUGCUGGCGUCGGAGAACGCUCAGUUGCUGCAGUGCCUCAACGAGUUUAGCGGUCACUGCGGCUCGCUCUUCUGCUGCCUGGUGGUGGGACAUCGCAUCGCUGUGGCCACCGAAGGCUGGUGGGAUCUGGACACUCGCGAUCGGGAACUCCUGCUGUUCCUGCUCAACUCAUCCAGCACGCUGCAGCACGAUGUGCCCGUCUAUCUGCCCGUAAAGAGUCCCCACAUAGCCUAUCGAUUUGUCAGCAUUCCCGUAGCCUCGAACAGUGCCCUUUGUGUCCUGUGCGGGGCUGAGAAUGCCUCCUUUCGGGAGCUGCAUGCCCAUGCCAUGAGUGCCUAUAGGAAUGAGGGCAACCUUCUGGCGGCCGCCGAGCGCUGUGUGCCGCGCAGCUUGCCAGAACACCUGGACAUAGAUGGCAAUGUGCUGGCCAUCAUUCUGAUCAACAGGCACUCGCGAAAGAGCCUCUUCACCAGGAAUCUCAACCAGUCGGCGAGUGUCAAACGCAUCAUUGUGGGCGACUUGCAACGCUUGGACAUACUUAAGAAGUUCUUUGAUCAGACCAUGGAUGCAGUGCAUCAAUUUGAGGCGGAGUCUUCGAACAAUAAAAGUAUGUUGAUAGAUCAAUAUAGCUGCUCGGAUUACCACAAGUGCUAUGCCCAUACGGAUGACCUGGGAAAUGUAUUGUUCCUACUGUUUGUGGCAGCUGUGCCCUCGCACGCAAUGAGAUUUCUGGCGCAACGCAUCCAUGGAAACUUACUCCAGGAGAAGUCGGUAUGCUGGUGAACCGUUUUCUCUUCCUGAAUUCUACAAGACUGAUAUUUUCUUCUAUUUCUACUUGGU